AUGGUCAAUGUCGUAGAUGGCGCAUCCGGCGACGAGCCUCGCGGCGCCCUUGUUCCCUUUGCGUUCCCGCUAGCCGACAACGACAAGGAAGUCAAGAAGAUUCUCAAGACCGUCAAGAAGUCCGCCAAGUCCAAGACGCUCCGCCGCGGUGUCAAAGAAGUCGUCAAGGCGCUGCGCAAAUCCGCCGCCGCAGGCGCUGCUUCCACCCUCAGCGACCCCAGCGCGAUUGUCGUCAUUGCCGCCGACAUCUCGCCCAUGGACGUCAUUGCGCACAUCCCUGUCCUUUGCGAAGACCACAACGUGCCUUAUAUCUAUAUCAAGAGCCGCGCGCAGCUCGGCGAGGCUAGCGCUACAAAGCGACCUACCAGCGUCGUCAUGAUUGGCAAGGACAAGCUUGGCAAGAAGGCGGGAGAGGGCGACGACGAGUUUGCCGAGGCGUAUGCUGAGCUUGUCAAGGUUGUGGCUAAGGCUAGUAAGACUGUGAGGAAGUAA